AAAAGUGGAGUUGGCAUCGGUUUUGACGAAGCGAAUCAACGGAAGGGAACUGCGAGUCGGUACUGGAGCCAUUGGCCUUGCAGAAACAGUGAAACAUAAAAAGUGCGAUUUGCGAUCGGGAAGUGUUGUAAUUUGAAUUAAAUUGGUGUGUGGUGGUAGUGGUGACUUUGAAUCGUCGGGUGUUACAGUGACACAGUGCGUUGUUUGCCAAAUUGCUUUUUUUAGCGCCUGUGAAGUGUGCAUAAUCGCUUCGUGCCCCCCUCUCCGUAUUUGACACUUACUCCGCAGACAUUUUAUUUGUAAUUUAUUUCGUGUUUCUGCUGGCUCCAGCUCAACCGCUCUUUGUUCGGUUAUGUGAACGUUUAAUUCAGACGAAUUGGGAAUUUUGAUGAGCGCACAGCAGUCACACAUCAAAUAUUCAAGUUUGUAAGCGUAGAGACAGCUUUUGCUUCGAAGUAUUCGAAUCGCGCGCAAAGAAAUUCACUUCCGACCGCAAAAAGUAAAACUUAAUUGCAGCAAGUAAAGCAAGUGUUGGUCGCCACCAAAACGAGAGCUUGUACAAUGAGCGGUGUGCGCGGUUUGUCUGUCAAUUUGUGGCGCAACAGCGUCAAGAGUAAUGUUGUUGGCGGCCGCAUUGUGGCAGGAGCCAAGUUCAACGAGAUCGGCGAUCACAAGGCAUUUGCCACCAAAUCCGGAGCAGUAUCUUCGGAUAACGUCCGCGAAAACUCAAGUGCUGCCGCGACGGCGGACACGGCCACCAGUCCCGAAAUGGCCUGUCCACAUUUGGCCACGUCGAGUAGAAGCGGCAGCAGUGGCGCUGCGGUGCAUGAGACGAGCGAGUGGCAAAAUGCGCUGCCAUACAACGAGGUACCCGGUCCGAAGCCCAUACCCAUACUGGGCAACACCUGGCGAAUGAUGCCCAUAAUCGGCCAAUACACGAUAUCUGACGUCGCGAAGAUCUCGUCGCUUUUGCACGAACAAUAUGGACGCAUUGUGCGCUUCAGUGGCCUCAUCGGCCGCCCGGAUCUGCUGUUCAUAUACGAUGCCGACGAAAUCGAAAAGUGCUAUCGCAAUGAAGGUGCAACACCGUUCCGACCAUCCAUGCCAAGUUUGGUGAAAUAUAAAAGUGAAAUCCGCAAAGAUUUCUUCGAGGAUAUCGGAGGAGUAGUGGGCGUUCAUGGGGAACCUUGGCGUCAGUUCCGGUCACGUGUACAAAAGCCGGUACUGCAAUUGUCAACCAUACGACGUUACUUGAAGCCUUUGGAAGUGGUCACAAAUGACUUUUUAGAACGCUGCGAACAGCUUCUGGAUGAGAACUCAGAACUGCCAGAGGAUUUUGACAAUGAAAUCCACAAAUGGUCAUUGGAGUGCAUUGGACGCGUUGCCCUCGAUACAAGACUCGGUUGCUUGGAGACCAAUCUUUCGCCAGACUCUGAACCACAACAGAUUAUCGACGCCGCCAAAUAUGCGCUACGCAAUGUGGCGACCCUUGAGCUGAAGGCUCCAUACUGGCGUUAUUUCCCUACACCACUUUGGACACACUAUGUCAAGAACAUGAAUUUCUUUGUAGAAGUUUGCAUGAAAUAUAUUGGCAAUGCAACGGAACGUUUGAAACAGCAAGGUCCAAGUCGUGACGGGGAACCCUCGCUGCUGGAAAAAGUCAUACUCGCUGAGAAGAAUGAAAAGGUGGCUACCAUUAUGGCUUUGGAUCUAAUUUUAGUAGGAAUUGACACAAUUUCUAUGGCAGUGUGCUCCAUUCUCUAUCAGCUGGCAACGCGCCCUGCCGAACAACAAAAAGUGCGUGAGGAGCUUAAACGCAUAUUACCCGAAGCAGACGACGAACUUUCGAUACCACGCCUGGACCAAAUGCACUACCUGAAAGCGUUUAUUAAAGAGGUCUUCCGGAUGUACAGCACAGUAAUCGGAAAUGGCCGUACCUUGCAGGAAGAUACAGUAAUCUGUGGCUACAGGAUACCCAAAGGUGUGCAAGCAGUUUUUCCCACACUUGUCACCGGUCAAAUGGAAGAGUUCGUCUCUGAUUCAAAAACCUUCAAACCGGAACGGUGGUUAAAAGCAAGCCAAGGUGGCACAGGCGACCAACUACAUCCAUUCGCAUCUCUGCCAUAUGGAUAUGGCGCACGAAUGUGUUUGGGUAGACGAUUCGCGGACUUAGAAAUGCAAAUUCUGCUGGCUAAGUUACUGCGCAAUUACAAGUUGGAAUACAAUCACAAGCCAUUGGAUUAUGCUGUGACGUUUAUGUAUGCUCCUGAUGGCCCAUUACGGUUUAAGAUGACCAGAGCGGUAUAAUCGCUGGCAUUGCAUUUGAAGACUUUUAUAUUUAAGCAUUCAUUUAUACACGAUUUUAUGCUGAAUUCGAUAUAUAUGUACAUACACAUGUAUAUGUGUAAAGAAAUAUGUAUUUAUAUACAUAUAUGCAUAUGUAUUUUCCAUUAUGCAAUUCAUAUUUUAUUUUACUUAUGGUACAAGUUAUA